ACUGGGCGCGCUCACGUCAGCAGCCCUGACCAACUUGCUGGACAGCGGGGCAGAAGUUUCGGAGGAAAGUCCUCUACAACCGCCAGGACGAGACGCAAGCAGCCGCUGACGAGGCUCCUCACCAGCUCACGACCAUGGACGACCUGGACGCCUUGCUGGCUGACCUGGAAUCGACAACAUCCCACAUUUCAAAACGACCGGUCUUCUUAGCCGACGAGACGCCCUACUCCAUCCCCACCGGUGGAAACUCUUACCAGGAUGUUCUGGCUCCGCCGCCGGUUCCUCCUCCACCCUGCGCUGACGCUCUGAACGGUUCACUGUUGGACCACCCAGGGUCGCAUCACUCCUCGCAGCAGUCCUUAGGUUCAGCUCAGAAGAGUUCGUGGUCCAGGGACAGUAGCAGCUCUCCUCUGUCCCACGCUGAAGAGGACCACGUCUACAGUUUCCCAAACAAACAGAAAUCGUCGGACUCGUCGACAGCAGCCAUGACCUCUGCCCUGGGCAGCAACCUGUCAGAGCUGGAUCGACUGCUGCUGGAACUCAAUGCUGUGCAGCAGAGCUCCCCAUCCUUCCCCACGACAGAGGAGACCGCGCCUCCAUUACCAUCCUGCAGCAUCAGCCACUAUGAGAACGGAAGUGCACCUGAGAUCUUGGUGAGUCCGCCGCCUCAGGAGAAACCAAAGAGAAAUGGAAUGAAGCUGGAAGAGACCCGACCCACAGUAGAGAGCCUGCUGGAUGAGCUGGAAGACUCCGUCCCUCCCAGCCACUCCACUCGGCACGGUGACUUGGACAGCCCAUCUCAGCAGCAAGCCAGAAUCUCUGCCUCAUGUGCAACCAGAGAGCUGGACGAGCUGAUGGCCUCUUUGUCUGACUUCAAGCCCGCUUCACUAGGCUCUCUGCUGGACUCAUCCAACUCUCCUCACUUCCCAGUUUCCUCUUCCGUCACCCCAGUGGCGACCCCUGUCUCUCGUCUGUCCCACGCAUCUACCUGCGCCUCUCCUCUCUUCUCCCUGCCCUCUGGUUUUGAGCUGCACAUAGACGAGGAUGGUGGUGAUGGUGGCUUGUCUUUGGCCCGUCACAAUCACAUCCGGCCUCACAGUCCAAUGUCAUCCCUCUCUACGGCCAGUGACCUGGAUCUGGACCCUGUCAUCGAUGUCUCUGCUUCCAUGCUGUCCUCUCAGACUAAAUCCUUGCUGGUCCUCUCUCAGGCUGCUUCCUUUAACUCCAAUCAGUUGAGCAAUAGCCCAAGUCCUUCCAGCACCUCCACCACCACGCCCUCCUCCAGCUCGGUCAACACCAUUUUGGACCACAAGUCCCCAAGUCCAACUGUAGACCGAGUGUCCCCUACGGUCUGUAAACUGUCUCCUGCACCUGUGAAUGUAAACAAAGUCUCUGGUUCUCCUCAUGACAUGAGUCAUGACCCCUCCACUUCUCCUCUGUCAGUACCCUUCACUCCUUCUUUCACCACCAACUCGCCUCUUCCAGCUGCUUCUGUGUCUCCACUUCACUCCCCUAGUUUUUGCUAUAAAAACUCCUCUCCGGUGAAGAGUCCCUCUCCUUUGACGUUCACAAGCCAGUCAGUUAACAGCAGACAUGUUUUGGCGUCCUCACCCCAGGACCUGAGGGUCAGCCCUCACAUGACCCUGCAGCCACCCACAGCGGAGCCCUCUCUGGAUGAGGCUCUGGACAAGCUGCUUGCUAUGAGCUUCACACAAAAUCACACUGAGCCGCAGAUGAAGACGGACGCGUUCUGUCUCGGCCGAGGAGUGCAAGAGGUUCAGGAGGAACUGAUCUUACCCUUGGACAGGAACAGUGUGCAGCCAUACACCUUCACCAGCAACACCAACACUAUCACAGACGAAUCGGUGGACGGCGGCACGGACGGAAACGGAGACCUGGACUGGGCCGACGAGGAGUUGUCAAUGUCCCUCCAUGACGGAUUUGACGGCACCAUGACGCCGUACACAGAGAGGCCGUACACAGAUGGCAGCAUGACCCCGUUGACAGAGGCCAGCUGGAUGGAUGAGUCCAUGACCCCCUCCUCAUGCCCCGGUACCCCUGAUGUGGCCCUGGACUUGCCCCUGAUGCAGCCCACCAAUAUAGACAGAGUCUCUGCUUCAGGACACUUGAAGUCAGUUAUCCGGAGAACUAAGGAGACCCCUAACGUUCACCCCAUGUACCGCGACGGACAGCUGCGCAAGAAAAUGGGCCCCAUCAUUGUCAACAAGAACACCUCUCAGGACCGGCUCAUAGAGGAGCUUCAAGGGAAGUUCGGGAUCGGACGCUCGGAGCGCAGACGCAAACAGUCCGACGACUGGUUGACAGAUGGUGUCGUGGUCACGUCCAAACCGCAGAGGUUCCGUCCUGAAGGGGGCAGCAGUGAGGUCGACAAGAUAAUGGCCCAAGGGAAAGGAGGCGUCCCUGGUGCCCCUCCAACCCAGGUCAACAAGCUGGACAACAUGCUGGGCAGUCUGCAGUCGGACCUGAACAAACUGGGCGUGCAGACGGUGGCUAAAGGAGUGUGCGGGGCCUGCUGCAAACCCAUCGUGGGACAGGUGGUGACCGCCAUGGGCCGCACGUGGCACCCCGAACACUUUGUGUGCACUCACUGUCAAGAGGAGAUCGGCUCCCGGAACUUUUUUGAGCGUGAAGGACAGCCGUACUGCGAGAAGGACUACCAUAACCUGUUCUCUCCACGGUGCUACUACUGCAACGGACCCAUACUGGAUAAAGUGGUGACGGCGCUGGACAGAACGUGGCACCCCGAGCAUUUCUUCUGUGCUCAGUGUGGAUCUUUCUUCGGCCCAGAGGGCUUCCAUGAGAAGGACGGGAAGGCGUACUGCAGGAAAGAUUACUUCGACAUGUUUGCGCCAAAGUGCGGCGGCUGUGCCAAAGCCAUUCUGGAGAACUACAUCUCGGCUCUCAACUCUCUUUGGCAUCCGCAGUGUUUUGUUUGCAGGGAAUGUUUCACUCCAUUUGUGAACGGCAGCUUCUUCGAGCACGACGGCCAGCCCUACUGUGAAGUCCACUACCACGAGCGCCGCGGCUCCCUCUGCUCCGGCUGCCAGAAGCCCAUCACCGGCCGCUGCAUCACAGCCAUGGCCAAGAAGUUUCACCCGGAGCACUUCGUCUGCGCGUUCUGCCUGAAGCAGCUCAACAAAGGCACCUUCAAAGAACAGAACGACAAACCCUACUGCCACGGCUGCUUCAUCAAGCUCUUUAGUUAGGCGCCACGUGCAUUUCAGCCGAAUGGGCAAACGUGUGAGGUGUGUGCAUGGGAGGGGGGGGCGGAGGGGCAGGAACUGCCUUACCAGGUCUCAACACAGUUGCCAAUAUAAGUGUAUUUUACAGAGUUUUUAAGGUAUCAAAGGUGUCAUUUGUCGGAUUUUAAAACUUCUAUUCUCACUUUUUAAAACAGAUGAUUGAAUCACUUUCACAUAGACGUUUGAGUCUUGCUGAACGCAAACGCUACGACGUCACUCACUGGUUGAGUCGGUCGUCUCCAGAUGCUUUAGAUCCCACCGACAUGUUAUUUGUAGCGUUACAAGCCAAAACCUAUGACUGAUCAUGACUGGAGGAGAGUUCCAGAACCUUUUUACUGCGUGUCUUCGUACUGUGUGUGACUCCAUGUGACUAACUUGUGUUUAUAUUUGAGAAUGAGAUGUCUCCAACAAGUGUGAAGAUGUGACUCAAGCAAAGGAAGGGUCACAUUCAGGCUGUGUGGUGUAGGAUCGGUAUCAUGACACCGACUUCAGGGUCACUCAGACUUAGCUUGUUAUUCAGUCACAUUGACUGAAUUGGUGAACUCAUCUGAAUACAUGAAUGAAAAUGUCAUUUUCCCCAGUUAUCAUCAGCAACUCUUGGUAUUGGAAUGGUGAGUCAUUCACAUACAGAGCCAAGCGCUGCACUGGCUGGAACCUAAGAAGAAAACAAGUCAUUUCAAGAGUGAGUCUUCUGAGAGCGUGGUGUCUUUGUGAAGCAGAUGGGAAAGUCUGAAGGUGAGCAGGUGAUAUUCAAGCACGUGUGGGAUUGUCUGUCAGUGUUGGUGGAUCAGAAACACAUGUCUAAUAACACUGGUGCGCUCAACAAUAUGAAGUCCUUUUUUAUUGUAUUCUUUGUGAGCAGAGUUUGGACUGUUGGCGUCAGUGGCAGGUUGUGCAAAGACUGAGCCGACUCGCGGCUCGACACACAUGUAUUUUGGGCUUCUUCUGUCACAUUCAGGGAUUUGUUGGAGUGAUCAUGGAACACUUGUCUUCCAAGCCUGUUGGUAGAUAUUUAACCAAAGCCUUCCUGGAAUCAUUUGUGCCUCUUUUCUUCUGCCUGUGAAUGUGUAUCAUAAUGAUGUGAUUCUGCCUCUGGCCUGAUUACACCAAUAAAAACAGUUUUGGU